CCUAUACAUAUGUGGCCAUAUCUGUUCCCCUUUUGUUUCCCUGGCAACACUUUAUCUGUCCAGCCUACCCAUCCACCACCCAUCGAACAUGUUGCGACAUGUUAUUGCGCGUUGUAGUUGGAUACCGGUGAGCCGAACGAACAAAACACAACCAAAUUGCCGGCUGCCGACAAACACGAGCAUAUACAAAAGCGACGCCAGCAUUUAGCAAACUUACACAGAAAACGACGCUAAUCGCACACAUGAAUAUCAUGCUGUUGUCCAGGCAACGAAGCUGCGAACUUUGCUGCAACCCAAUCGGAAAAUUAUUGGUUAACAACCAAAUGUUGCACAACAUGUUGCUGGCAAGUGUAUUUAAAAGGAAGAGGAGGAAAUUUACGCAGACAAGCCGUAAAUUUAAGUGCACUAAAUGGAAAGGAAUGGCUGUUCAUAUUCAAUACUUAAAAAUUCAAACCCAAAAUAAACCCAAAGAUAUACAAAAUUUAAAUAAUUGAAAAGGCAGCUAGCUUUAUUUUAAAGCCGGAACCGCAAAGAAGAUAGAAAAUGAGUUAAUAAACGAAAUCCACCAGCUGAAAAUGGUGUAAAUACAAAAGUAAACUGGUGUAUAUACAGUGAAGAUAUCAGCGGAAGCGGAAACUGAGGUCAAGCGAAAGAUUGAAAGAGAUUUACCUUAUAAAUAAGUAAUGCUAAGAGUACUUAUACAUAUGUAUACAGGCACAUAAAUCACAAGGCAUGUAAGACAUCCCGCGCUGUACACUGCUUAAACCGUUAGAUGUGCAUACCCACCUUUUGAUAAGUAUUAGAGGCAAGCAAGUACUCUGAAAGAAUAUAUGUGUAUGUAUCUGCAUAGCCAUAGCCGCUGCUCCUUUGUCUCUAUUUAGUUGAAGCGGUGACCUUAACACUUGCCACACUAACCAAUGCUAAUGAAUCAGCGUCAAAAACAACAACGCGGAAAACAAUUGCACAAUCUGCACCCAAAAACCAACAACUCGCUGUAGCUCCAACAACGAAUAACUAAACAAAGGCUAGCGGUGUAACAACAAUGAAUGUAAUCGCCAAGGUCCAACAAUUCGCACAGACAUUAGCAGUAGUUGGCUUCACCAGCGUCACUGCAGCGGCCACUCAUGCGACGGCACACAAUCCAAGGACGGAUAAUUUACUAGCCGCAGCCGCAGCAGAAACAACUCGUUCCACUUUAACGCUAGCUGCCAGAAUGUUGGCUGGCUUACCGACAUCCGCCUCCGACAUUGCUGACUCAGCGAUAACGGAUAUGGCGGCGGUGGACAGCACGAGCAGCAAUGAAAGUGCUGAGGGUGAGGGUGUGGCUGAAGCAGAGCCGGAUGCGUUGGAUGUGUUGCGAGAUGAAUGUUAUAAACGCUUGAAUGAAACCGCGACACAGUUUACAGCAGGUGAAUCUUACUGCGCUGGCACAUUUGAUGGUUGGCUCUGUUGGCCGGAUACUGCCGCCGGCACUUCCGCCUAUGAGCGCUGCCCGGAAUUCAUAACCGGCUUCGAUCCGACAAGAUUUGCGCAUAAGGAAUGCGGAAACGACGGUGAGUGGUACAAGCAUCCGCUCACGAAUAAGACCUGGUCCAAUUACACGACCUGCAUUAAUUUCGAUGAUUUAGAGUGGAAGCACAGCAUUAAUCUCUUUUAUAAGACUGGUUAUGGCAUAUCCCUUAUAGCGAUACUCCUAUCUCUCGCUAUAUACACUUAUUUCAAAUCGCUGAAAUGUGCACGCAUAACACUUCACAUGAAUUUAUUCACAUCCUUCGCCGCGAACAAUUCACUCUGGCUGGUUUGGUACUUCGUCGUGAUACCCGAAACGGAGAUGCUGAAACGGAGUCCGCCACCCUGUAUUGCGCUGCACAUAAUACUCCACUACUUCCUGCUAACCAACUACUCGUGGAUGCUCUGCGAGGGCUUCUACUUGCACACGGUGCUGGUGUCCGCCUUCAUAUCGGAGAAGAAAUUGGUGAAAUGGCUGAUUGCCCUCGGCUGGGGCACGCCGGCAAUUGUUAUCUUCAUUUACGCUUUGGCGCGUGGCCUCGGCGGCUCCGGCGAUGAAGUCAAACACUGUUGGAUGCAUAGCACGAGCUUCGAGAAUAUUCUCGUUGUGCCCGUUUGUAUUUCCAUUUUUCUUAAUUUGCUAUUUCUAUGCAAUAUUGUGCGCGUCGUGCUGCUUAAGCUGAAGGCACCGGCGAGCAUACAAGGCAGCUGUGGACCCUCACGCACCGUCCUGCAAGCAUUCCGCGCAACACUUUUGCUUGUACCACUAUUGGGAUUGCAGUACAUCUUGACGCCAUUUCACCCGGAUGCAGGCCAUCCAUGGGAGCAGACAUACGAAGUAAUCUCAGCGUUUACGGCCUCAUUUCAGGGUCUCUUUGUUGCCACACUCUUCUGCUUCUUCAAUGGCGAAGUUAUUGCGCAGGUGAAGCGCCGCUGGCGUACGGCUUGGUUUAGCAACAGAGCGCGUGCAAAUUCCUACACAGCAACCCAGGUCUCGUUCGUGCGAUGUGGCCCGCCCUUGCCCGGCGAAGAGAAGGUAUGACUAAAGAGCUUGUCGUCGACGAAAUCGCGUCGCGCCUCCAGCGCCGUCACCGGACGCAGCGGCGGCGAUGCACCAAACGCUGCCGGCAGCAGUCAAGGCGCCACGCGCCUGCGCAGCAACAGCAGCGCACCCGCCACUCAAAAGUCGCCCGCGAAUGCCACAGCAACGCCCGGCCUGUUGGGCGGUCUGCGAAAGUUCCAAUUUCUGCGACGAAAAACCGUCGAUCAGCUGCGCAUACGGCAACCGCUAAUGGAGGAGGGCGGUUGUGCUGCCGAUGGCGGCGCGCAAACAUGCAACUGGAAUAGUCAUAGGAAAAAUGCGACCGAAAAUGUGACGGCGUUAGCAACUACAGCAGCGGCAACAGCAACAACGGAAGCAGCGAACAACAGCGCUCUAGCAGCAGGGACAACAACGAGUAAUUACUACAAUAAUAAUAGCAACAAUCGGCUUAGCAGCAGCGGCAGUUAUAGCAUCGAAGGCAGCAGCACGGAGGGCAGCAAUCGUGCCGGCGGCAUUUUGCUUGUCACCACCACAGCUGUGCACGCAAAUCCCAACACAUGCACCUACAACAAUAAUUUGCAUUUGGAUGGCAACAAAAUCGCCGACGAGGCAUUGUAAGCGCAUUAAAAUGCAGCCGAACGCGAUGUGACAUGUGUGGCAUGUGACUUGUUGUGGUUGGAGGUGGCUUGGCUCUAUGUAUGUAUGUAUGUAUGUAUAUGGUUUUAGUGUCAGCGUAGUUGUAAGUAAUUGUAGUUAACACGUGAUUAACUGGUACUACGAUAGUUGAUAUAUUUAUUGCCAUUUUCCACUUUGUGUGUGCGUGUGUCUGUGUGCGUCGACAAUGUCAUUUAGUAGUAGGUGGCAAACAGGCUAUGCUAACAACUACAUAUGUAUGCUUAUUUGUUUAGUUAAGUGCGAAUUAUGUUUUGUAAUUUCGGUUAUAAGUUGAAAAUGUGAGAGUACAGAGUAGUUGUAAAUUAACACUAAGCUUUUUAAUGCUUUAUAGUGCAAUAUUAUUGAAUAGAUUAUUUUUAGAAUUUUAUCCAUUUCUAUGUUAGACUUAUUGUAUAAGAGCAUUGUCCAAAUAACAGUUGUUCGUAGCACUAUACAGUAGCUGAGAAAGAUAGAUUUUGAUUUAUGUAUGUAUAUCAGAAGUAAUCAUAUGACGAAUUGUUAGAAUAAUGUUUAUUUGUCCGAAGCAACUUUUCACGUUAUGGCAUUUUUGGAAGUCACUGAAAGGUCGCUCAAAUCAGAGCACAUUCACAACCACAUCUCAUAUGAGAAUAUUUGAAUUGCAAAUAAUUGUUGUUGAGGUAUUAGUGCCAUCCUUGUAAUAUGCUCUGACUAACCUGAUGGAACUUGAGACCGAUUGAUUGUUCCUGAAGUAGAAUUACCUAUUGCGUGGAGUUUUCUUAGAUCCCUCUUAGUACAGUCAUAUUGCGUGGAUAGCGACGAGUUGCAGUACCUAAUUAUAUCCUCAUUAUCUCGAGUGGGGGAGAACUAUUUCACACACUUGUUCCACCCAACAUACUGGUUCCUUAAAACGGCUGACGAUCAUUAAUCAGCAUAUUCGAUGUUAUAACCUUAGCUCGUACAAUUAUCCGACAAUCUAACAUAUUGGAGGUGACCCAGGUCUUCCUUUCACUAUUUUCGAAAAUACUACAAAACCACCGCUAUCCGAUUGCAGUCCUCUUGAGAUAUAGCACCUCUGAACUUUGAAUUAAUAAAGUUUUUAAACAAAACAGGGUGCACUUACCAUCCGGACAGUUUGAGCCAUAUAAUAAUCAUAAAACGUCUUUCACACUAUCUCAUAUUCCGCUAGAGGUGUAUAAUUUAUUCGCUAAUAAAGUUGCGUAAAAAUUUCAUAUUACCAAGAAGUGCAAGACCGUUUUCCAAAACUCUUUGUUUUCCAAACAAAUGUAAAUGUUAAUUUGCACUACAAAAAUAGAUCUUCAGACAUUAAGAAAACCAGGUUAAUCAGCCACAUAUACCAUUCAAAAAAAAGUACACGAAAAUUGUAAAUAAAACGCAAAAUACAAUAUUUAUUUUGUCGCCUUCAAAGUAAUUCCCACCAGAUAUAAUACACUUAUGAUAACGAUUUUACCAGUCCUCGAAACACAUUUUUAAGCAAUUUUUUAGCGAAUUUUUUUUAUCUCUUCGAUCAACUGAAAACGCAUUCU